AUGCGAUCCGAUACGGCAUACCAUGUUCGACUAGAGAACGGAAGUGUCGUUAUCAUGGCUGGUGACACGCAGAAGAAUUAUCUACAUCAGAUCACCAAAGAGAAUUAUAUUUCGAAGCACUACCCGCGAGUUUCGCUCACAUUCAGGGUGCACAAGACGGACUUGGAAAAAUGA